AUGUCUGAAUCGGAAUCGAAGUCAGACGCAAACCAGCAAUUGAUGAACAUGGAACAAUUGGAACAAAUGUUCCAACUGUUUCAAAAAAUGCAAAAACUCAAUACAGCCAGUGAACAAUCAACCUCAGAUCUGAGGGUCACUGAAAAAUUGAAUUACCAGAAUUACUCUAAAUGGUGCCUUUUAAUGAAAAUUGCACUCGAAGGAAGAGGGCGUCUCAAACACAUCAUCGACACCCCUCCUUCAUCAACUGAUGAAAAUUACCUGAAAUGGAAACAACAGGACUCAAUGGUUUUGUCCUGGAUCAUAUCAAACAUCGAAUCAGAACUCAUAAACCAAUUUCUUGAUUAUACAACAGCGUAUGACUUAUGGAAUGGGAUUACAAUUCUUUUGGCUAGUGGUCAUAACGAACUUCAGAUCUUCGAUCUAAGUUCAAAAGCAAGUUCAAUUAAACAGAAUCAAGGGUCCAUAGAAGAAUAUUAUGGCUGUCUAGACACUUUAUGGAAAGAAAUCGAUCGUCGUAUGCCAAACCCUAUGAAAUGUGCCGAAGACAUAACCAUAUUCAAUACCUUUAUACAAAAACAAAGGUUAUUUCAAUUCCUGGCCGGAGUUAACGAUACAUUCGACAAAGAAAGGAGAGAUUUACUCAAUCAAGAUCCACUACCAAGCGUGGAAGCAGCCUACGCCGCCAUCCGGAGAGAAAUCAACAGACGUGGGAUCAUGACCCACGCUUCAUCACUGGGACCGGGUCCCUCAGAAAUAGGUAGUGGGCUAGUGGCAAGAAACCGGUCUGGCUUUCCGGAGUGGUGGGACGAACACAAGCAGAGGAAGGCCGCCACCAAGGCUCAACCACGAACCGGCGGCAAGGCACACGCAACUACUGGCGUCUCCACCACCACGGCGCCUGACACUACCCACUACCCUAAGGGAGAAAAGGCCAUGGAAGGUAACACAGGGGAAACAACAAUGGAGAAAACAGGAAGAAAAACGGAAGAAAGAGAAACAGUAACCGGGACGGAAGAGAGAGAAACAUGGGAGGGAGGGUUUCAACACUUACCAAAAGUGAGUAUUUAUACUCACAAAACCCUAAAAAUACCCACCCACGAAAAGACUCAGCCCAAUUUCCCAAGCCCAACCGGUUUUGGGCUCCUUUGUAACCCCCCAUCAUCACAAUGGAUAUUCGAUUGCGGGGCAACAGACACAAUGACAUUUGAUCCUCACGAUCUUGUAUCUAUUGGGGACAAAACCCGAACUCAUAUACAAACUGCUAAUGGGGAGAGAGUAGAAGUCCAUCAUGCCGGCCCGGUUCAUGUUUCAUCAUCCUUACAUUUAAAGAAUUGUCUCCUAAUUCCGAGUUUAUCUCAUAAAUUAUUAUCGAUUAGUCAAUUAACAAAAGAACUUGAUUGUACUUUUCUUAUGACAUCUACUGCUUGUAUUGUGCAGGACGCUCGGACAGGGAAGAUCCUUGGGCGUGGUACUGAGCGAGGAGGCUUGUAUUAUGUGGACGAGGAGACUCACAAGGGUCAUACUUUGCUUACUCAUGGGUCGAAUGAACAGCAAAUGUGGAUGUGGCAUAGGCGUCUAGGUCAUCCCUCACUAGGGUACUUAAAACGUCUUUUUCCAUUGUUUAAUAAUUCUAAUCAAACUUUGAACUGUGAAGCCUGUGUGCUAGCUAAAAGUCACAAACAGUCGUAUUUUCCCAGUAUGUCUCGUAGUAGUAAACCUUUUGAUUUGAUUCAUUCUGAUGUUUGGGGCCCAGCUCCUACUUUUCAUACUCAUGGUUUGUCUUAUUUUAUUACGUUUGUGGAUGAUUGCACUCGUAUGUGUUGGGUUUAUUUUCUUAAACAUAAAACUGAAGUUUUUGAUACCUUUGUCAAAUUUUAUAAUAUGCUUCAAACUCAAUUCCAAACACAGCCAAAGAUUCUUCGGUCAGAUAAUGGGAGGGAGUACAUGAACCAAAAAUUUCAGGACUUUUUUUCCACACAUGGGCUUAUCCACCAAUCUUCCUGCCCGUACACUCCACAACAAAACGGAGUUGCGGAACGGAAGAACCGUACCCUUCUUGAAAUUUCCUGA